AUGCGGAAUAGAGGAGAUACGGAGAAAGACUCCCAUGUGGACCAAGAAAGGGAAUCUCAGCCGAGUAAAAAAUUAUCCCAUUCCAUCGAAGAGAUACUGAGGAGGCCCACAUGUGUCCGAAAAGAGAAAAGAGUUCAUCGCAACUGGUCUGUAAUCAAGGAGAACACCAGGGAAUCUAAACCGCGCUCAUGUACAGGUCAGAGGAAAAAGAGGCAAACAAGGGUCACUUUCACAACGUACCAGGUGCAGGAGCUGGAGGAAGUCUUCCAGCAGACUCACUACCCCGACAUCAACACCAGAGAACAGUUAGCCUCUCACCUGCACCUCUCUGAGGGCCGAAUACAGAUUUGGUUCCAGAACCGCAGAGCCAAAUGGAGAAAGGGCGAAACACUGAAGGACCUCGAGGUGAUGACCAGACAGCACAUACAGUCGGCCAGUCAGGAGCUGAAGUAUUAUGAGAAGCCCCAGCUGCAGGCAGUGUGCUGGCUGCCGUGCUGCCUACCUAAACCUCUUCAGGAGAGGCUGUUCCUCAGAGCAACAUUAAUACCGGCAAUGCUGACCGACACACAUUCCCCAGAUUACAGGACUCUCCAUUUUGAGCCGCUCGGGACAGAAAGAUAG